AUGGCCUUUGACCAGCACGAUGUUCCAAAGCGACCACCUAUGCUGCUCCCCGCCCCCGCCCCCGCCCCCGCUACCAUCGAGCCACCGCAGCAGCCACAGAAGAGGCCCCGCCUUCCUGCGUGCGACACUUGCCGCACCCGCAAAGUAAAAUGCAGCAACGAGCGGCCCCAAUGCAGCCAAUGCAUUAAACAUCACACUACUUGCCGCUAUUCAGAAACGGAAGCGAGGGUCGUCAGAAAAAAGUACGCGGACCUGAAAGCUCGUAUGACGGCCCACGAAGAGUUUUUUGAACUUCUGCGAUAUAUGCCCGAAGCAGAUGCGAACGAAGUGUUUCGACGUGCUCGAUCAGGUGACAGAAUUGAAGGGAUCCUUGAUUAUGUUAAGAACGGGGACCUACUUAUGCAGCUGGCUGUCGCACCCGAGACCAACCGCCGCUACCAAUUUCCAUACCGCUCAGAGAUGCCGAUGCAUUUGCUCGUUCCUGGCAACCAAUACUUGGAUUCUCUAAUGUAUGGCUCCUUGUCGGGUCUGUACCGACCCAAGCAUGGGGUUUCCUUACAUCCUCCAGGUGCGUCACGUGGUACUGUUCAGGUUGUACAAGACCCAUACCUGAAGCCUGCCAAUGCAGCAGAACUUGAGCAUCCAUUGUUGUCGCAAGCAUCUGCCUCAAAAUGGACCAAUGCUAUCUCGAAUGAUGUACUUUUUCGAAAGCUAUUGAGCAAUUAUUUCCUCUAUGUUCACCCACUUUUGUAUUGUUUUCAUAUGAAGUAUUUCUUGGAAGAUAUGGUCGCUGGGCGAACUCGAUUCUGUUCGCCUCUCUUAGUGAACGCUGUACUUGCUGCCGCUUACCUAACCCAUGGCGCCGACCCUCUUAGAUCCCAGUAUUGGCUGCCGAAUAGCCUUGGAUACAAAUUUCUUGCAGAGGCGAGGCGGCUGUGGGAACUGGAGACAGCUGACAACGUUCGACUUACAACAAUACAAGCUGCAAUAGUCAUACAUCUGAUAUACAACCUGAUCGGUGUGGACCGCGUCGGCAGCAAUUUCACUCGACAAGCAAUUGCUAUGUCGCACGAGCUCAAUCUGUUCAAAAGUCCAGAUCACAUCAACAGUAGGAAAAUGCGGAAUGCACGUAUAAUGCUGGCAUGGGGACUUUUUGACUGGUGUUUGUUCGAUGCAUAUUACAUGUUCCGAAUCCCGUUGUUAAAAGACCCUCCUGAGAUGCCAUUUCCGGACCCUUUGACUAAUCCAGGCUUCCAUGAUGAGAUGUGGCUACGCUACCCACUCGCCACGUCGACAGUGCCUGCCUAUUACGCUCACACCAUUACCGCAAGAAGACAUCUCAGUCAAAUCAAGAACGAUAUUGUCUACAAAGUUCGUAGUCGAAAUGUAUUGGAGGGUCCGGUUCUAUUUAGUACCAUACUAGAGUUCAACAAGAGACUAGAUGGUUGGUUCCAGAACCUGCCGCUGGCUAUGCAGGCUAGGAACAUCGUGUUUCCACCGCAGCUAGAAGUCCACAUCGUUAUCGAGUUAUUUCGACGGGGCGGAGACGGGGCAGAUGAGGCCCUGUCCGCCCGGAUGAUUCUCGAGUCGAAUGUUCGAAUGGAGACUGUCCUGCGACUCUAUUACCUCCGUCAUAGCUUCGACUGCUUCACUAAUUUCAUGAUUUUCUUCAUGGUCUACAUCGGCAACUUGGCUCUCGAAGACCUUCGCAGCAAUCAGCUGAACAACGCAAGCGCCGAAGACCUCCGAUCAACCCUUGUCCUGUGUGCCAAUGGUCUGCAAAGCUAUGGGAAAGCAUUCCACGUCGCAAAGCUCGCUCAUUAUGCUCUAAGCACGAGAGUUUCUACGCGUGACUUACGGCUGCUACAGGCGUAUUCUGGUUCACAAGACAACGCUGUGGAGGAGCAAACAUUGAUAAACCACGCCCAUAGCUCCUGGCCUAUCCCUAUCUUUGAUGUCAAAGAGGAGGACCCCGAGGUAGCGAGGUUAAAAAACAUGAUCGAACGAACCGAGAAAGUCUCCCAAAACUUAACGCUUCGCUUCUUCCAGGACGGUCAGGACGAUACGUGCGACUAUGGCAACUCCAGUGGCGCCUUGACCUUCACCACGGAUAGCAUCCCUAUUGUAGACCACUGUUUCGACUUUGCAGAUCUUUUCGGCGGAAACACCACGCGUGGCUAUGUCAAUCAGACAAAGAACCUAGGUAGCCAGUGGGGUCAAGCGGGUCUAUACUGGCAGCUUGAGAACAUCGACAAAUUCGACAGGAAUGCCAACUACUCUCGGGUUUUGUACCGUCAGCACGUACUGAAUCCUUCGAGUGAUGACUACAAGCCGGGCCACCAUGCAGAUCGCAGGGUGACAUUGUACGGAGGAGAGCGAUGUAGUGAACUCGAUCCUUCAAACGAUAAGAACUUGCUCAAUUGGUAUGGUUACAGCUGUUGGAGUGAAGAGCAAGGUGCAUGUGGCAACUUGCCGUACCUUAUCAAUAGUUUCAAAAUCCUACCUGGGGAAGACAAGGGCAAAGAUCCGGGCUAUACUUGCUGGCUACAUGCAGAACUCGGUGCGGCGGGGCAUAGUUUCUCGUCUUCGCGGGCCAUCAUGGGAGCUUUUGCCAGCGUGUCUUUGGCUGCGUGGCUGGCUUUGUAG